UGAUAGUUAACACAGCUGUUUUAGUUUUGGAUGUUUUAAAAAACACAAUGUUUGGAGUUUUAGUCUUGUUGUCGCUAACAGGCUUUGGCUACUCGGCGUGUCCCCAGGGCUGGCAAUCUGACUACGGACACUGCUACCAGUUCAACACCAGCAACCGUAAAACAUGGACUGACGCCGCGACAGCAUGUCGCUAUGAGGACGUGCGCGCGCAUUUGGUUUACAUCGAUUCUGCAGAAGAAGACCUUUACAUUGUCUCCAAGCUAAAACCUCUUGUAGAUACAGGUCAAUCGAGUGAUAAGCUGACUUCCGUUUGGAUUGGCGGGGAAGAUCCGGUUGAAGGGGCGUGGCAAUGGUACGGCACGGGCGACCCGAUCGUCGAGUACACAAACUGGUACCCAGGUCAGCCUGACAGCGGAAGUGGCGACCACGAUGAGGACUGUGUUUGUCUGGUCGGGAACCACAACUACCUCUGGCAGGACCACAGGUGCACGGAGCCCAUGUUCUACGUCUGUGAUAUGGAGUAA